AGCAUUUGAGGGCUCUGAGCGUCCCGGAGCCCUGAAACCACAGGACGUCAGUUUCUGGCCUGUCUAGGGCCACGGUCUCCCUUGCUUGGAUGUUCUUGCCUUGGAUCCCAGAUGGGAUCAACUCCAAGCAGCCCUGGCUGGCGUGGAUGUUGGUGGCGUGGAGCUGGUGUUCCAGGGCAGCAGCCUUGGAGUGGCUCCAGGGCGGGGCCAGCAGGUCUUCCUCAAGCCGGACGAUCUGCCACCGCCGCCGCAGCCAUGCACCGACAGCCUGCAGCUGGCCUGGACCCCCUUGCACAGGAGCCAGAGUCCCCAGGAAGUAGAGCCAGUGGACUGGAGGAUGCUCUGCUGAACCUGGGCUCUGUCAUCGACCUCGUGGGCCUGCAGCGUGCCAUCAAGGAGGCUCUCUCGGCCGUACUCCCCAGAGUGGAGACCAUCUAUACCUACCUGCUGGACCAGGAGUCCCGGCUGGUAUGUGAGGAUCCCCUGCAUGAGCUGCCCCAGGAGGGGAAAGUCCGAGAGGCUGUGGUCUCCCGGAAGCGGCUGAGCUGCAAUGGUCUGGGGUCCUCUGACCUGCCAGGGAAGCCCUUGGCCAGGCUGGCAGCUCCACUGGCUCCUGACACCCAAGUUCUGGUGCUACCGCUGGUGGACAAGGAGACUGGGGCCGUAGUAGCCGUCAUCUUGGUACACUGCGGCCAGCUGAGUGACAAUGAAGAGUGGAACCUGCAGGCAGUGGAGAAGCAUACCCUGGUGGCCCUGCGGAGGGUGCGUGCCUUGCAGCAGCGGGAGCCCAGCGCGGCCCCUGGAGCCAUCCAGAAUGCCCAGGUGGAGGUGGUGGAAGACCAGAAGGGUGGGGAAGCCUACACGGACCAGGACCAGAAGAUUCUGCAGCUGUGUGGGGAGCUUUACGACCUGGACGCCUCCUCCCUGCAGCUCAAAGUUCUCCAAUACCUGCAGCAAGAGACUCAGGCAGCUCGCUGCUGCCUCCUACUGGUGUCCGAGGACAACCUCCAGCUGUCCUGCAAGGUCAUCGGAGACAAAGUGCUGGGGGAAGAGAUCAGCUUUCCGCUGACGACAGGACGCCUGGGCCAGGUGGUGCGUGACAAGAAAUCCAUCCAAUGGAAGGACCUUACCUCUGAUGAUGUGCAGCAGCUGCAAAGCAUGCUGGGCUGUGAGGUGCAGGCCAUGCUCUGUGUCCCUGUCAUCAGCCGGGCCACUGACCAGGUGGUGGCCUUGGCCUGCGCCUUCAACAAGCUCGGAGGAGCCUUAUUCACAGAGCAGGACGAACGUGUGAUCCAGCACUGCUUCCACUACACGGGCACAGUGCUCACCAGCACCCUGGCCUUCCAGAAGGAGCAGAAGCUCAAGUGUGAGUGCCAGGCGCUUCUUCAAGUGGCUAAGAACCUCUUCACUCACCUGGAUGAUGUGUCUGUGCUGCUGCAGGAGAUCAUCACGGAGGCCAGAAACCUCAGCAAUGCCGAGAUCUGCUCCGUGUUUCUGCUGGAUCAGAAUGAGCUAGUGGCCAAGGUGUUCGACGGGGGUGUGGUGGACGAUGAGAGCUACGAGAUCCGGAUCCCUGCUGACCAGGGCAUCGCAGGCCAUGUGGCGACCACUGGCCAGAUCCUGAACAUCCCCGACGCCUAUGCCCACCCGCUCUUCUACCGUGGCGUGGAUGACAGCACUGGCUUCCGCACGCGCAACAUCCUCUGCUUCCCCAUCAAGAAUGAGAACCAGGAGGUCAUCGGGGUGGCUGAGUUGGUGAACAAGAUCAAUGGGCCGUGGUUCAGCAAGUUCGAUGAGGACCUGGCCACGGCCUUCUCCAUCUACUGUGGCAUCAGCAUCGCACAUUCCCUCCUCUACAAAAAAGUGAAUGAAGCCCAGUACCGCAGCCAUCUGGCCAAUGAGAUGAUGAUGUACCAUAUGAAGGUCUCUGAUGAUGAAUACACCAAACUCCUCCACGACGGCAUCCAGCCCGUGGCUUCCAUUGAUUCAAACUUUGCCAACUUUACCUAUACACCACGCUCUCUGCCGGAAGAUGAUACGUCCAUGGCCAUCCUGAGCAUGCUGCAGGACAUGAACUUCAUCAACAACUACAAGAUUGACUGCCCCACUCUGGCCCGGUUCUGUCUGAUGGUGAAGAAGGGCUACCGUGAUCCUCCCUACCACAACUGGAUGCACGCCUUUUCCGUGUCCCACUUCUGCUACUUGCUCUACAAGAACCUGGAGCUCUCCAACUACCUCGAGGACAUCGAGAUUUUUGCCUUGUUCAUUUCCUGCAUGUGUCAUGACCUGGAUCACAGAGGCACAAACAACUCUUUCCAGGUGGCCUCGAAGUCCGUGCUGGCUGCGCUCUACAGCUCCGAGGGCUCUGUCAUGGAGAGGCACCACUUCGCUCAGGCCAUCGCCAUCCUCAACACCCAUGGCUGCAACAUCUUUGACCACUUCUCCCGGAAGGACUAUCAGCGCAUGCUGGACCUGAUGCGUGAUAUCAUCCUGGCCACGGACCUGGCCCACCACCUCCGCAUCUUCAAGGACCUUCAGAAGAUGGCUGAAGUGGGCUAUGACCGAACCAACAAGCAACACCACAGGCUCCUGCUCUGUCUUCUGAUGACCUCCUGCGACCUCUCGGACCAGACCAAGGGCUGGAAGACGACGAGGAAGAUCGCGGAGCUGAUCUACAAAGAAUUCUUCUCCCAGGGAGACUUGGAGAAGGCCAUGGGAAACCGGCCCAUGGAGAUGAUGGACCGCGAGAAGGCCUACAUCCCUGAGUUGCAGAUCAGCUUCAUGGAGCACAUUGCCAUGCCCAUCUAUAAGCUGCUGCAGGACCUGUUCCCCAAGGCGGCCGAACUGUAUGACCGUGUGGCCUCAAACCGGGAGCACUGGACCAAGGUGUCCCACAAAUUCACCAUCCGCGGCCUCCCCAGCAACAACUCGCUGGACUUCCUGGACGAGGAGUACGAGGUGGCUGGGCUGGAUGGUGCCAGGGCCCCUGUAAAUGGCUGCUGUGGCCUGGACACUGAGUGACAUUCUCCCCAGGGGACUCCCCUCUCCCCAAUUUUUUCCACCACCCGGUUCUCUCUCCACAUCCCUUCCCUGGGCCAGCCAGAUAAACUGGGAACCAGAGCCAUGGUCCUGAAUUGU